AAAGGAUGGAACUGUACUAAAACAAAAUUCACGUUUGUAUGACUCUUUGCAGUCAUGGCAACGUUGUGGCUGCUUUGUGCUUUGGGGGCUUUACUGAGUGGUCCAUCCAUCGCUGGCUGGGCAGGGAGGGAGUUUGCCCUGUCGUUUAUGCAGAAUUAUGUUAAAUACAAUUCCAACUUACAGCUUUACAUCACAGCUGUUCAAGCCAAUACUAAAGUAAAAGUGGAAGUGGCUUCUUUAAACUUCAAAGUAGAAAAAACUCUGAAAGCUGAUGAAGGGGUCGUCAUCAGUGUCCCUGCUGCCGUUGAGUUGCACGACAGCAAAAGGUCUUCCAACACGGUGCACAUCAAAGCCUCUGCAGAUGUGUCUGUAACCUCCUAUAACAACAAGAAAUACACAGCUGACACCUCUGUGAUAUAUCCAAUCACUGAAUGGGGUACAGAAUACUUCAUCUUCACUCCUUCUGCAUUCAGUUCCAAUCUCUUUAAAGAGUUUGCUGUGACAAACGGAAAAGACAGCAACACAGUGGAGAUUUUCCCACGAGGGUUGAUCCAGUUUGAGGGUCGGUUCUAUUCAAGAGGCAGUAAAAUGAUAAUCAAUCUCAGGCCGUAUGAGAGUGUGCAGCUCCAGAGCGUUUAUGACCUGUCUGGCAGCAGAGUUUCCUCCCAGCACCCUGUCGCUGUUUUCACAGGACACAGUUGUGCUUGGCGUUUCUCAAGAUGCGACCAUGUCUAUGAGCAGCUUCUGCCAGCAAACAGGUGGGGAACAAGCUUCAUUGUGCCACCUCUGAGCUUCCAGAAAAAAUAUGAUACAGCCUACCUCCAAGCCUCCCAACCCACCCGAGUCACCGUCCACCACGGCAAACGUGAAUAUAACUUUGCUCUCUCCAAGGGGGAGGUGAAGCCCAUCAACUACCAUGACCCUGAAACACUGUUUAUUCAGUCUGAUCAUGGCAUCCAAGUCUUCCUGUUCUUCAAUGGUGUCAAAAUAGGCUCAUCCAAAUACUACGACCCCUUUCUGACAACCAUAGUGCCCACAGACCGCUUCUGCUCUUCCUACUCACUGCAGGCUCCUUCAGGUUACGAAAACAAAGCUCUGAUUGUAGCACAAACCAGGGAGACAGGAAUGCUGCGUUUUGAUGAUAAAAAUCUCCCACGAGACGCUAAGUGGAAAAAGAUUGAAGGGUCAGAAUUCUCAUGGACAUUGAUGUCUUAUAACCAAGUCACUGACAGGGAUAUUUACAUAUUGUCCAGCUCUGGUUCCAGCUUUGGUCUUUAUAGUAUAGGAGUCACUCACGUGAGCAGUUAUGGAUCUCCUGGACAGUGUAGAGAAAGCGGAAGCGGAUCUUUGUCAUGCAGCAGCAUCACCUGCAGCCCCAACAAGGUGUGUGAAAUGAGUGGUGGGGUUCCCUCCUGUGUCCCCAAAUCAAAGCCAGGUAUCUGCUGGGCCAUGGGAGAUCCUCACUACCGCACUUUUGACGGACGACGCUAUGAUUUUAUGGGUACCUGCACUUACCUCAUUGCUAAAAACUGUGAAAAGGACAGUCACCUUACAGCCUUUGAGGUCCUCGCCCAGAAUGAGAACAGAGGAAGCCGCAGAGUGUCAUACGUUGGCCAAGUAGUGGUGAAGGUGUACGACAUCACCGUCGUAGUAGUCCGUUCUGAGAGAGGUCGUGUGAGGAUUGAUGACAAUGUGUGGAGUUUGCCAAUAGUCUUGAACGAUGCCAAACUGAACAUAUUCCAGAGCGGCCGCUCUGUGGUCAUUGAGACUGAUUUCGGUUUGACCGUCCGUUAUGACUGGGAUCACAAGCUCGUGGUCACUCUGUCUGGCAGUUACGCCGGGAAGACUUGUGGGCUCUGUGGUAACUUCAAUGGGAAUCCUAAGGAUGACUUUGCUACACCGUCUGGCGCUCAGGCAGGUGGGGUUGUGGCUUUUGGGGGCAGCUGGAAAGUGCCAGGGUUGGUUAGAGAUCCUCAGUGCACAGAUGACUGUGUGGGUGGAUGUCAAAGCUGUGAGAAAAGCCAAAUGAAAAAGUGGGAAAAUGACUUGUUUUGUGGGCUCAUCACACAUGAUGGAUUUAAAAAAUGUCACGCUGUCGUUGACCCACAACCAUACCUGGAGAACUGUAAAUAUGAUUUAUGCAUGGGAGGUGGUCUUCGACAGUUCCUCUGCAAAGCCCUGGAAGCUUACACUGAAGCCUGCCAGGAUGCUGGGGUCCAGGUGCAGGACUGGAGGAAGAUGGCAAAAUGCCCCAUCAAAUGCCCAGCCAACAGCUACUAUGAGCUCUGUGGGAGUGCUUGCCCUGCCACUUGCUCUAACCCUAAUGCCCCAUCCAAAUGCAGCCGCCCCUGUGUGGAGACCUGCACUUGUAAAGCAGGCUUUGUGUUAAGUGGAGACAAGUGUGUGCCUCUUGCUAACUGUGGUUGUACCUAUGAGGGUCGAUAUGUUCCUGUUGGACAGAAAUUCUGGGCCGACCAGAGCUGUAAGCGAUGGUGUGAAUGCAAGGCCGGAAGCAGACGUGUGGACUGCAAGGAUAAAGGCUGUGGGGCAGGGCAGCAAUGUAAAGCUGUUAAUGGUGUAAGAAAAUGCCAAGCACUGUCCUAUAGCACCUGCCAGGCCACUGGGGAUCCUCAUUACAUCUCCUUUGACAAGACCAAGUUUGACUUCCAGGGCACAUGUGUGUACCAAUUUGCUGCACUCUGCUCCAAAGACCCAGAGCUGGUGCCUUUUGAAAUCCUAGUGCAGAAUGAUCACCGUGGAAGAAAAACAGUUUCAUACACCAAGUUAGUACAAGUCAAGGUGUAUUCCCACGUUAUUGUCAUUACAAAGACACACAAAGGCCAGAUUUUGGUGAACAAUGAGUUGGUCAACUUGCCUGUUACUCUGGACGGAGGGCAGGUAUCUGUGUAUAAGGGUGGCUGGUUCGCUGUUCUCACGACAGACUUUGGACUAAAAGUGUCCUUCAACUGGGGAAGCUCUGUAUUUGUGACUCUGCCAAGUAACUACAUGGGAGCUGUUUGUGGCCUCUGUGGCAACUACAACGGCAAAGCCAACGAUGAUCUGAUCCCAAAGAACGGCAACACACCUGUCGCACCUACUGAUUUUGGGCACAGCUGGCAAGUAGCCAAAAUCCCAGGCUGCGUCGAUGGCUGUAAAGGGAAGUGUCCCGGAUGCGAUAUCACCCAGAAAGUUCAAUAUGAAAAGGCAGAUUUCUGUGGCAUGAUACGAGAACCCAAAGGACCUUUCCGUGACUGCCAUGCCAAGGUGGAUCCAGCUGUCUAUUUUGAUGAUUGUGUUUAUGAUGUCUGCCUUUAUAAGGGCAGGAAGGAUGUGCUGUGUCAAGCUAUUACAUCAUACACAUCUGCCUGUCAAAAUGCGGGGGCCAAGGUGUACAGCUGGAGGUCCAGUCAGUUCUGUGCGGUGAAAUGCCCCAUCAACAGCCACUAUGAAAUUUCUGCAACUGGAUGCCCCGCAACUUGCCAAAGUCUGGCUCCUCCUCAAGGUUGCCAGGCUGAUUGCCAAGAGGGUUGUACUUGUGAUGAGGGGUACAUCCUCAGUGGAAAGCGCUGCGUUCCCUUUGCACAAUGCGGUUGCGUUUACAAUGACCUGUACUACACACUCGGCGAGGUGUUUUAUCCUGGCGGCCAGUGUCAGGAGGAGUGCAAGUGCACAAAAGAUGGGGAGGUUGAAUGUAAGAAGUUUACAUGUGGCCUCAAUGAGAAGUGUAAAAUAGAAAAUGGCAUCCACAAAUGUCACCCUGUUGGUAAGGGUGUCUGCCGGGCCUCUGGUGACCCCCAUUACUUGUCUUUCGAUGGACGGAAAUUUGAUUUCCAGGGCACUUGUACUUACACGCUUUCCAAGAGCUGUGGACUGGAAGGGACACACUUGGAGGCCUUUUCUGUCAACGUACAGAAUGAGCAAUGGGACCGUAUGAGAGGAAGGAAAAAGGUGUCGGUCGCCAGGCUCGUUGCUGUGGAAGCUCACGGCUUCACUUUCAUCUUGAGAAAUAAGAUGCUUGGGGUGCUGGUAAAUGGAGUGUUUAACAACCUUCCAGUGAAUGUUAAUGAUGGAGCAGUGCAGGUUUAUCAGGAGGGUAGAAAUUAUGUCAUUGCAUCCAAUUUUGGACUGCUCGUCACUUACGACCUGGUCUACCACGUGACAGUCACCGUAUCUAGUAAUUACCGUGGCAAAGUCUGUGGACUUUGUGGAAACUUCAACGGGGACAAAAACGAUGAUUUCCAGAUGCCCAACAAUAGACUAACUAACAGAGUCAACGCGUUUGGAAAAUCAUGGAAGGUCACCAUCCCUAAAGUGGUGUGCGAAGAUGGCUGUAACGGGAAAAACUGUCCUGACUGUGACUCAGCUCACAAGGCUGUGUUUUCAAAGCCCAUUUACUGCGGUAUUCUUACGGCACCUAAGGGUCCAUUUGCAAACUGCCACAGCAAACUGAACCCACAGCCAUACUUUGAUGACUGUGUGUUUGAUCUGUGUGCCUCCAACGGCGAAGGGGAUGUGCUUUGUGACAGCGUAGCAGCUUAUGCCUAUAACUGUCACAUGGCAGGAGUGGACGUCCAAAGUUGGAGGACUCCUUCGUUCUGUCCCAUGAAGUGUCCUGCCAAUAGUCACCACGAAGUGUGUGCAGACCCCUGCUCCAACUCUUGCCCUGGCCUCACAGACAUAGUUCAGUGUCCUGCCAGCUGCACAGAAGGCUGUGAUUGUGAUGAUGGCUUCCUAUUCAAUGGACAGAUGUGUGUCAAAGAGAGUGAAUGUGGCUGCUAUGAGAAUGGAAAGACUUUCAAGCCUGAAGAAGUUGUGUAUGAGGAGGAUUGUAAUACAAAAUGCACCUGUAACCCAGCGAAAGGACUCGUCUGUGAAAACUACUCCUGUCCUUCAAGCACCAAGUGCAUGGUCAAGAAAGGAAUCAGGGCAUGUUACAAUACAGAUCCCUGCAAAGAUGCCAAUUGCAGAGUGCAGGAGACGUGCCGUGUUGAGAAGGGAGAGGCAGUGUGCAUUCCCAAGUACACAGGCACCUGCUGGGCCUGGGGAGACCCCCACUACCACACGUUUGAUGGCUACAACUUCGACUUCCAGGGAACCUGCAAGUACGUCAUCUCCAAGACCUGCGGGGAUCUAAAUGGUCUGGUUCCGUUCACUGUCACCGAGAGGAACGACAACCGAGGAAACACGGCUGUUUCCUAUGUCAGGGAGGUAGAUGUGAUUGUUUAUGGGUACACUAUCACCAUCCAGAAGAACCAAGUUGGUCGAGUCAUGGUCGAUGGGGAGCUACUCAAUCUUCCUGUAAAACUUGAUGAUGGUAUAGUAUCCGUCUUUCAACGUGGCAAUACUGCUGUGGUGGAGACCAAUUUUGGUUUGGUCGUAUCCUACGACUGGAACUGGCAUCUUGUCAUUAAGCUUCCCAGCAGCUACUAUGGCAACGUCUGUGGUCUGUGUGGUAACUUCAAUGGUAACAGAGGUGAUGAACUCCAGAACCCAGCUGGUCAACCUGUCCCCUCAGUGACAGAGUGGGGCAAGAGCUGGCAAACAACUGAUCAGGACAAGGAUUAUCCCUGCUGGGACACGUGUGAGAAGAACUGCCCUACCUGUGACGAUAAAGAGCGUAAACUCUACCAGACCCAGGGUUUCUGUGGGGCCCUUGCAGCCAACACCAACAGAAUGUUCAAAGCAUGUAGUAGGAAAUUGGACCCCCAAUCCUUCAUGAACAACUGUGUGUAUGACAUGUGUUUGAAUAAGGGAGACAAAAAGAUGAUGUGCCAGGCAAUUGCCUCUUAUGAUAAACAGUGCCGUGAAGAGGGGGUCGUAAUCAAGAAGUGGAGGAAACAAUUUGGCUGUCCAAUGAACUGCCAGCCUCACAGUCACUAUGAGGACUGUGCAAGCCCUUGCCAGCCAUCCUGCCCAUUCCCAGAUGAAAAGCAGAUAUGCAUAGGUGCCUGUGUGGAGGCCUGUGUGUGUGAUAGAGGAUAUGUACUCAGCGCUGGUGUUUGCGUGCCUGCUGCAACAUGCGGUUGCUCCUAUCAGGGCCGCUACUACAAGUCAGGCCAGCAGUUCUGGGCCGAUGAAGCUUGCGGUCGCUUGUGUGUUUGUGACGCCACCCUGGGCAUGGUGACAUGCCGCGAGGCUUCCUGCUCUGCCAAAGAGAAAUGCGGCGUGUUGGACGGAGAGCGCGUCUGUUCACCCAUCAGUUACGCCACAUGCACGGCCUCGGGCGAUCCACACUACCGCACUUUUGAUGGUCGCAAGUAUGACUUCCAAGGGACAUGCGAAUAUCAGCUGGUUGGCCUCCAGUCCCAGAAGCCAGGGCUGGUGCCGUUCAAUGUGACCGUGCAGAACGACCACCGGGGAAACAAAGCCGUGUCUUUCACUAAGACCGUCAAGUUUUCUGUUUAUGGCGCCACUCUCACCAUCAGCAGAGAAUACCCCUACAAGGUCUUGCUCAAUGGGCAGCUUGCUUCACUGCCUCUGGAUUAUAAUAAUGAGCUGGCAGUGUCUUUGAGUGGCCGUAUGGCUGUAAUAGAAACAGCUGCUGGUAUCACCGUGAGCUUCAACUGGCGGAGCAAGGUGAGUGUUACUCUUCCCAGCGGCUACCAGGAUGCUGUCUACGGCCUGUGUGGCAAUUACAACGGGAACGCUCAGGAUGACCUUACCAUGCGGGAUGGCAAGACCGCCCCUGAUGGGACAAAGCUGGGGGAGAGCUGGCAGGUGGCCCUUACACCAGGUUGUUCAUCAGCCUGCCAAGGGCCGUGGUGUCAGGGCUGUUCAGACUCCCAGAAGAAAGUGUACCGAGCCACAAAGUACUGUGGUCUUAUUGUUGAUAAAUCAGGGCCUUUCAGGGAGUGUCAUGGCCUGGUGGACCCUGCUCCUUACAUGGAGGACUGCGUUUAUGACGUCUGUCAAUAUCACGGGCACCAAGGCUCUGUGUGUGAUGCUGUGGAAGUGUAUGUGUCCGCCUGUCAGAGCCAAGGAAUCACCAUCCAUCCCUGGAGAACAGAUAAAUUCUGCCCACUGGAGUGUCCCGCUAACAGCCACUACACCCUGUGUGCCCCGGCUUGCCCGGCCACCUGUGCUAGCUUGACCUCCCCUGCCACCUGCCACAGGCGUUGUGCAGAAGCCUGUGAAUGUAACCAAGGCUACCUGCUGAGCGGUGAUACCUGUGUGCCUGUGAGAGACUGUGGAUGCUCUUACAACGGUCAGUACUACAAGAAAGGAGAUAUAUUCCACCCUCAAGAAGAGUGCACGGAGCAGUGCACCUGUGGAGAGAACGGGGCUGUGUCUUGUCAGAGGGCCAAGUGUCGUGGAGGAGAAGUCUGUAAGCUUGUUAAUGGAGUGAAAGGCUGUCACCCGGAGAGCCAAGGGAAGUGUGUGGCUUCUGGUGACCCGCAUUACAUUUCUUUUGACGGGCGGAAGUUUGACUUCCAGGGUACCUGUGUUUACGUAUUGGCAAAGGUUUGCGAUGACGACAAAGGCAAAAUCACACCUUUCACAGUCACUCAGGGCAAUGAAAAGUAUGGAAAUGGAAAAGUGGCUGUAACCAAGUCAGUUGCAGUGAUGGUCUACGGUUAUGUAAUUUACAUUGAGCAUCGAGUGCCUUGGAAAGUCAUUGUGAAUGAUGAACUUCUCAACCUUCCUCUGUCCUUGGAUGAUGGGCGUCUUACAGUCUCCCAAGAAGGUCGCAAUAUAAUAGUUCGAACGGCCUUUGGACUGAAAGUUCUCUAUGACACUGUGUACUACGUCGAGGUGAUAGUUCCCUCCACCUACCAGGGUAACAUGUGUGGUCUCUGUGGCAACUACAACAAACGGAGCGGUGAUGAUUUCAGACUUCCUAAUGGCAGAAAAACAUCCAAAGUUGACAUCUUUGGGGCAGCCUGGGUGGUGGACCAGUCCAAACACGUGUGUGGCGGCUGUGGAGGACAAUGUCCAGAAUGUGAGAAGGCCAAAGCUGCUUUGUAUGCAAAACCUGACUUCUGUGGCAUCAUUAGUGCACCAACUGGACCUUUCAAAGCCUGCCACAGUACCAUCAACCCAGCUGAAUAUGUGUCUAAUUGCGUGUUUGAUGUUUGUGCUGUGGAUGGCAGCAAAGAUACUCUGUGUGACAGCGUGCAGGCCUAUGCACUGGCCUGCCAGAAUGCAGGCGUUCACAUCCAACCGUGGAGGAGCACAUCCUUCUGCCCUGCCUCCUGCCCUCCGCACAGUCACUAUGAGGUGUGUGCUGACACUUGUGGAGGGACGUGUGCCAGCUUUAUUGAGAUAGUCACUUGCCCUGAAAACUGUUUUGAAGGAUGCCAAUGUGAUGAUGGCUUUGUUUUUGACGGCAACCGGUGUGUUCCCCUGGAUCAAUGCGGAUGUAUGCACAACGGUGCAUAUCUGAUGCUGGGCCAAGCUGUGGUGGAUAAACAUUGCCAGUCCAGGUGUGUGUGUCAGGCCUCUGGGCUGGUACAGUGUGAAAAGCUGUCCUGUGCCAGUGAGGAGGUCUGCGAGGCAAGAGAUGGGGUCAGGGGUUGUCACGUCAAACAGGCUCACUGCACCGUCGGCCAUGACAGCAAGCUGAGCUCCUUUGACGGCCUGUCCGGAAACAUAAAAACACAAGGGGCUUUCGAGGUGGCAUCUCUGUGCGAUGAGACUGCUGAGAACUGGUUCCGCGUGGUUGUGGACAUCCGGAUCUGCAGCAGGAAGGUGCCGGCUGCUGUUGCCACCGUGUACGUGUUCUUCAAGGACGCCGUGGUGACGGUGAACAGCCAACAUGUGACCUGGGUAAAUGGCAGGAAAGUGUCCCUUCCCAGCAAAGUGACAAAUGAGCUAUCAGUCCAGGCGUCAGACAGGAGUGUGGUCAUUGAGAGGACGUCAGCUGUGCAGGUCAUUUAUUCUACCUCACAAGAAGUCAUCGUCACCGUUGACACCAGCUUAUCUGGGAAAAUGUGCGGUGCCUGUGGAAACUACAAUGAAGACUCCAAAGAUGAUAUGAAAACAGCAGAUGGGGUCGUUACCAAAGAUGUGUCUGUAAUUGUUGGCUCUUGGAGCGCUGGAGACUUUUCUACAUGCGGUCUGUAGAGAUGCUGGUUCUGCUUUGAUAGCGGCAUCUGGUACCCAGGAUGAAGAAGAUGCUCGUUCAGAGCCCGACUCAACCUCAAACCUCGCUGCUUCCUCUUGAUUCACGCUGCUUUCAUUGUCCCCUUUGUUCUCUUUGGACUUGUAGCUUACCCUUGUCUAAUGUCUCCAUCUAGUGGAGGAAAAAAAUACAGCAUGUUGUUUUAUUUUCCAGAAAAAUCCAAAGAAAAAGAAGAAAUAGUUUGGAUGUGUGCGCGUGUUUCAGCUGCGUCCCUGCUCCAUCACACCUGGCUCACAUGAAUGGAUCAUUGACAGAAUGCUGUAGACCUUGGUGGGGAUCCGUUCAUGUGAAUCCGGUGUUUUAGGACAAGGAAACAUCUAAAACACGCAGGACAGCGGCCUUUAAUGACUUGGAAUGUGCAACACCUGGAGUAAUAUAAUGCAUGUGUGUUACAAAUAUUUGUCUUUCUUACUGUUCUGACCACAAAAUAAAGAUUUCAUGAAAAUGUG